UAAUAGCCUUAUUUCCUGGUUGACUGUUUUGUGUGUGUCUGUGUGGGAGGACAGAGACAGACAGGCUGAAAACCCACUGAGGACGGUCUGUGGACACGCUGGUGCUUCUGUCUAAUCUGUGUUUGAGCCGUGAACGUUCAGGAUGCUGCUGUUUCUGCUGCUGCUGCUGAUGUCCUGCACCUCCCAGGCUUCACAUUUCUUUGGGACAUUGAUAACUUAUUAUCCAACAGAUGUUCGUUCAGAUGGAGCGGUGACGGUCGUCCUUCGCUCUAAGCUGAACUUCCGCUCUUGUAAUGACUACACACAUGCAACCUGGCAGUGUCACCGUGGAAACUGUGGCAGUCAGACUUCAGCAGUGGCCGGCACUGUUGACAGUGAAAGUACUGGACAGUUUUGUCAGACAGAGGUAGUUUAUACUCGACAGGUUUCUACGAAUGCUCCGUUUCAGCUGUGGUUGAACAGCGGUAACUGGAUAUCAGGCAUUGUAAAUCGUAUUGUAAGUUGGAGAGCUUUGAUACGGGUGGAACUGAGGAACCGGUCUGAUACUGGCCAAGCCAACAGAUCACCACAGACCACCAUCCUGCCUGUUGUCCGAGUUCCUUCCAACUGCCCGAGACAGUUGAACUUGUUGACCUUUGACCCUGAUGGAGAUGAGGUUAAAUGCAGAUAUGGAGACGCAUCAGAGGAUGAGUGUAACCCCUGUACACCACCGUCUGUGCUCAACCUCUCAUCAUCUUGUACCUUAUCGUUCGGACCCACUGGCAGUGGGAAUCAAGGACCGUAUGCUGUGCAGCUGGUGAUGGAGGACUUCCCCCGACAGAGCAUCACCCUGACUCAAACCGACGGGACAAAGGAGAACAGAACCACCGACACCAGCAUCAGCAAAAUACCGGUCCAGUUUGUUUUACAAGUGGAUCCUGUGGUUCCAUCCUGUACAGACGGACUCUACCUGCCCAGGUUUCUCCCACCGACCCCAGACCAUGGAGUUCAGCUGUAUGUCCUGGUCAACCAAACACUGGAGAUACGCAUCCAAGCAGAGGCAAACAUGUCAACGAUCUCUGAGCUGCUGUUCAGUGGACCACACAACAUGGCUGAGAACAGAUCUGGACCAGGAGAGUACACCCUGACAUGGAGCCCCUCCCCCAGUGAAGCAGGACAAAGCCACCCGGUCUGCUUCCUGGUCCAGGCCGUCUUAAAUUCAACCAAGUAUCACUCAGAUCUGCGAUGCAUCAUUAUGACUGUCGGAGGCACUCCGAUAACAACAACCACAUUAGCUCCCACCACCGUUUCCUCUACAACCACGUUAGCUCCCACCACCGUUUCCUCUACAACCACGUUAGCUCCCACCACCGUUUUCUCUACAGCUACAGAGACUGUAACAAACUCCACAACAAGGCCAAUAACUGCUGUAACCUCUGCACCUGCUGGGACCCAAAACUUCAUCGUCGCUCUGCAUUUGAAGAUUUCCUCGUCAUCUCCACUGACUGAGGACAACAUAGAGGACACUUUCCUCCAACAGCUGAAAGAUGAACUGGUGAGGCAGGGGCUGCCAUCGAGCACAACUCUACGCCUUCUGAGAAUCACUGAACCAUAAGCUACACUGACCUAAAGUGGUCUAAUAUCACAUUUUAUUCAUGCAACAGUUUUGUUUUUGUUUUUUGCUGUAAUUUUUAUUUGGAAGAUAAAAUUAUCAACAUCAUCAUGAUUUUUAGAUAAAAGGUUAAACAAAGAAAAACAAACAUAUUUCUUUGCUGCUGAUACAUAUUUUUAUGCUUACAAUAUUAAAAAUUGUUUAAAUUAUAUUUUGACUUUAUCUUAAAAAAAAAAAGAAAAUACAUGACAUUCAGUUGCUCCUGCUGUAAAACAUCUGAUUUCACUGUUUCAAUGUUAGACGUUCAUGUAUGGAAAGAGUUUCCUCUUCUGUACGUUUAAGCAUAUGGGUGGGUGAGGACUUGGAUUUGGAUGAUUUGUAUAUCCUCCUGAGACCCAGGAAAGGGAAAAUUUUAGCUUUUUUACAUUAAA